UACAUAAAUUCUCAAACGACUAAUGUUGUAAGAGAACCCCUUACUAACUUUGCUCAAUGUCUUCUGACGGUGCAAUAUAUCGGCCGAUAUGAUAUGCUGAUAAGAGAAGGCGACACGGCAAGUUUGUUAAGUCAAAUUUCUGAUUCGUCCAAGUCAAAAUCAAGACCACGUAACAAAUCGUGUCUUCGAAGCCGCGUGUUCGAGAGAGUUGGGGCCCGUCACGCUCCCGCCCGUCCGUUCAUUUCUUCAUCCUUCUUCUCGACGAUCUCCGCCUCCCUCACCGGCGCUUCCUCCUCCUCCAUGGGCUACGCAUAGGGUUAGGGUUCCCCCUCAUUCUGUGCCACUUUGACCCUACUUCUUCCACCACCCAUGUCCUCCGGCUCCGUCCUCGUCAUGCCCUGGUGGAAGAGCAACAUCAGCGCCGACAAUCUCAUCUCCUCCUCCCCUUCCUCUGCCUCAUCGUCUUCCUCGGCUACCUCCUCUGCGCCGAGAAAGGGUCGAUUGAAGGACUUAAGCUUCUUUCCUUGGAUCCGACGUGACGAGCAUCCUCGGCUCACCCGCCAGCGCAAGCUCCGCCACCUCACCGACCUCGAAAUCGAGGCCUUGUCCCUCGAGGAUCCCUCGUUCGCAUUCUCGAGUUCCACACCGGUCUCGCGCGCCGGGAGCAAAGGAGAUGCCUUCCCCUCCCGAUCUGCGUCCUCGCCCAUGCUGUUGCCGCGCCCGCUCCCCCUUCCUGCCGUCUUGGUGCAUCGAGAUUCGGCGUCGGACCGGGGGUUGGGAUCCUCUUCGGUGAUUUCCGUAGGACAUCCUCUUCCUUCGCCGUUGGAGACUUUGGGCAGGGCGGAAGGGGAUCAAGGGAAUGGCACUGUCGCCGAGCCCUUGGCCCUUGAAUCUGUUGCUGGAAGUAAGUUAGCUUACCAGACUAAUCUCCAGAGUAGACAACAUGUUGACAAGCCAUCAAAUCAGACAACAAUUAGUUACCGUAGGAAAGUAUUGCAAGAUCCAAAUUCUUCUGGAACUAUGAACUUUAAAUUGAAGAUUCCUGCUAAUACUGUUGCAAUUGGUGAUUUUUCAAGCCCUAUUGCUACUCCUGUACUCAGCCCUAGGAGAUUGAGUAGUGCAGACUAUUUGGUUUCUGGCAAUGGCAGUACGGUGACAGUUUCAGCACCAGAGGUCUCUACCAUGGGUCUGGUGACAGUUUCUUCUUCACAGACUUCACCUGAUAAGAUGAUUCAUAGUCCCGAAAACUUUCCAUUUUCUACUCCAAAUAUUCAAAGUAAUACUUCAAAAUCUAGAAAUCCUAGUGGGCCUUCUUCACCCUUGCACACAAAGAAGUUCCCAGAGAACUCAAAUACAAGAUACGACGGUGGUGGUAAUGUAGAAGUGCACCCGCUUCCUCUUCCUCCUGGGGCAUCACCUGCUUCUCAACCAACUUUUUCUCAUCAGAGUGCCGCAAAAGCAGAGUUGUCGCACAAGACUAAUCAAUGGCAGAAAGGAAAACUACUUGGAAGUGGAACAUUUGGCAAUGUUUAUGAAGCCACUAACAGACACACUGGUGCUUUAUGUGCAAUGAAAGAAGUUAAUAUAAUUCCUGAUGAUCCCAAAUCAGCUGAAUGCUUGAAGCAGUUAGAGCAGGAGAUAAAGUUUCUUAGUCAAUUUAAGCACCCUAAUAUUGUUCAAUACUAUGGGACGGAAACAAUCAAGGAUCACCUGUACAUUUAUUUAGAGUAUGUCCACCCUGGAUCAAUUAAUAAGUAUGUUCGUCAGUAUUGUGGAGCUAUGACAGAAUCAGUGGUGCAAAAUUUCACCCGUCAUAUAUUGAAUGGGCUGAUUUACUUGCAUAGUAAAAACAUCAUGCACAGAGAUAUCAAAGGGGCAAAUUUGCUGGUUGAUGUGAAUGGCGUUGUAAAGCUUGCUGAUUUUGGGAUGGCAAAACAUUUAAGUGGAGCAGCACCUACUUGUUCAUUGAAAGGUUCACCUUUUUGGAUAGCUCCGGAGAUGUUGCAGGCUACUUUUAACAAAGAAAUUGGAUAUGAUCUUGCUGUUGACAUUUGGAGUUUGGGUUGUACCAUCAUUGAGAUGUUCACAGGGAAACACCCAUGGAGUGAUCUAGAAGGGCCCCAAGCAAUGUUUAAGGUCCUCUGUAAAGAUCCACCAAUACCUGAAACCUUGUCCAGUGAGGGCAAGGAUUUCCUCCAGCGUUGCUUUCAUAGGAAUCCUGCAGAGAGGCCAACUGCAAAUAUGCUGCUUGACCAUCCCUUUCUAAGGAAUGCCAACCACUACAAUAUUCACGGUUCUCCCCAGACUUUUGCUGGGAUUAAACUCGCUAAUUCUAUUAGUUCAAAAGAUCAAAGCAAAUCCAAAAGUGAACCAUGCAUGAAAAGGAAACACGUCUCCAAUAGCGAGAACAAUCAUUCUCAUCCUGAAUUUCCUCAGUUAGCUGCCUCCCUUCUUUCAACUCAUUCCGCUGCAAAGGUUUUCCCUAGUUUGUCCCCUCCUCGAUCGAGUUACAUUGUGCCAGUUCAAUCUGUGUCUUCAGCAAAUUCCCAGAUUGAAGUGCAAUUCAAUGCUGGAAAUUUUCAAUCCCAUGCAUUGCCCAAACCUUAUGGAAAGGAAGACAAUAAUCAGGUCUGAUUAGAGUAGGCUGAGUAGCUAUGGACCUGAGGGAGUUAGUAUUGUAUUUAUUAUGAGGGAUUUCCAGGUCUUAGAAUAAAUGGAGUUCAAUGAGGCUAAUAUCAUUUGAAUGACAUUAAGAUUCUUUAGAAGAUUCACAAUAACCUCAAUGCAUUUGUUGAGCUCAUGGUAUCAGGUAAUGACCACAUGGUUCUUCUCCCGUUUUUACUCUAUCUCCAACCUUGAUACACUAGGUUACUCAAUCACUGAUGGAUCAGCACCAUGUAGUGUUGAUCUCCAUAUUGUAGUUGUACAUCCAGUAAACGGAUGAUAGUAUAUCUAAUGUGUUUCCAUCUACGAUAGGAAUAAAGGUCAAAUGUAGAUGAAAACCUCACAUAUUGUAUAUCAUCAGUGUAUCUGUUGUCAACCAGUUAUAGUUGUGAAGUGAAAGUUCAUUUAGAAAAUUGUGUCAAUAUAUUUUUUUUUGUAAAAUGUUGACACGUCUACGUUUGCUACAAAUGCUUUGUUGGUUUAUUUGUUAUUUG